ACGCAGCCACAGCAGAUAUUGAAGACGUACUACAUAGUUUUCAUUGUUCGGUGUUGCCAAGUUUCACCGGGAGGCGUCACCGCAAUUGACACCAGUCAAACAUGGAAGACUACGAAAGCAUUUUGCUGGUGAAAAAUGAAGUUUACGUUUAUAAAAUACCCCCAAGAACUACAAGCAGAGGUUACAGAGCUGCUGAUUGGAAACUGGAUGCACCUGAGUGGACUGGCAGAAUGAGGCUGGUUUACACAAAAGGAAAGGACUGCGUAUUGAAACUCGAAGACAAAAUAACAGGAGAGUUGUUUGCGAAGUGUCCUAUUGACAAGUACCCUGGUGUAGCAGUGGAGGCAGUUAUGGAUUCCAGUCGCUAUUUCGUUAUUCGCCUUCAAGAUGAUUCAGGACGUGCUGCAUUCAUUGGCAUUGGAUUUGCCGAUCGCGGAGAUUCCUUUGACCUCAAUGUCGCCUUGCAAGACCAUUUCAAAUGGAUAGAGAAAAGUGAGGAACUUGAGAAGGGUGGAACGGAAUCAAAUCAACCUCAACUAGAUCUCAGCUUUAAAGAAGGACAGACCAUCAAAAUAAACAUGAACAUUGGGAAAAAAUCUGGCACGUCGAAGCCUAAGCCCCGUGGCUCCGCAACAGGAAGCUCUGGUCUGGGAUUGUUGCCUCCACCACCAGGGGGGGUGAAGCUACCUGCCGCCCCCAGUGCAAAGGCACCUCCUUCCAGUCCUGCUUCUGGACCGGCCCUCCCCACAAACUCCCAACAGCAUGCCAUUGGCAACCUGCUUGACCUGAGUCCCCCCAAGGAAUCCCACGCGGCCGAGUUGGAUUCUGGUCCCAAUGCUGCGGCAGCCGGAGACCCCUGGGGAGACUUUACAAGUGCAGCAGGGGCUACUACGGCAACGAAUGCGGAGCCACCAGCCCAGGGGGCAUGGAUCCAGUUUUGAGAGUCCCACCUACGUGUGAACAUCGAAAAGAAAACACAUUCCAUUUAGGCUCUUUAUGAUGUGUUGCAGGUUUACGAGGCAAACAAAAAGAAAGUUUUGUGAAUUUACAUCUCGCAGUUGUAAAUAUAUAUAGUAAUUUAUAAUAUAUCGUGUGCCGCUACACGGUGGCAUGUUGUGUCCAGUGUUUUGAAGGGUGUAUGUCAACAAGCGUUGAUCCUUGAGAUUGGGGUGUGGUAUGCGUGUUGAAGUACUUUUACUUCCCCGUUCAUUUGCCUGCAUGACAGUAUUUCUUGAUGGCGUUUCUAAAAUGUCAGUGUUACAUGAAAUGUGUAGGCAGAAUAAACAGUCAACCUGC